UCCCCGGUGCCUGAUGGCCUCGCUGUGGUCCACGAGCUCGUCCUCGUCGUUGAUUCGUCGCUCGGAAUCGGGUGUGCGGGCCGAAAAAAGCGGCCCUGCUGGCCGACGGCCGCCGUGCACGACUGGCCCGACCCCACGGGGCCCGACCCCGGGGCCGACCACAAACUCAAGCGCGAACUCGCCCCCGGCGGCGCUGAGCCCGAGUCCACCCUCAGCCUGCCCAUUCAAGCGGGCGAGACGUUGCACACCAUCUCGCUCAAGUACAACAUUCCGGUGGCCGAAUUGAAGCGCGUCAAUAAUCUCUUCCAGGACAACGAAUUCUUCGCCCUCCAGAGCCUCAAGUUGCCCUUGAAAUCGGCCCAUUCCGUCCGCACCGAGCUCAUGCCCACGGGCGCCAUCCCGACCGCCUCCACCGCCUCGCCCACGUCUCACGUCCCCGGUUGGCUAGUGGAUCACUGGUCGUCACCCACCGGCGGUUCGCUGGCCAGUCCCGGUUUGUCCUCGCCCGUUCUUUCCGACGAAUCCGAGUGGGAUGGACCGUUGAUAGCGGUGGGCGUGCAUGGAGCGGGCGGCGCAAGUGGCCGGGCUUGGUCCGAGAGUCGUCCCGCCCAAAAGGCCAAGCGGUUCUUGAGGGCCAAGGAUAAAGACCUGGCCCAAUUGAAAGCCCAGCAUGAGCGUCUCCAUCGGCCCGACGCCACCUGGCCCCUUCCCUCCGAUUCGGAACUCGAUGACUUGGCGCUGGAUCGGACCGACACGCCCUCCGCCUACUAUCACAGCGUACCGCGGAGUGUGUGCUGGGUGGGUUUGAGCCUGAUUGUGGUGGCCGUGAUCGUCAUCCUGUACUUUGCCCGCUACGAAUUCAAUCUGAUCCAACACGAACUUCCUUCCGAAGAGAGUCUCCGUCAUCUCCAAGCCGAGGAUAUUAAAAGUCAAGCCUCCGCUUAAGAUUUCAGAUCGGAGCCUGAGGCUGGCACCACCCUUGAUGAUCUUCCACUGCUGCUGCCUUGGGCUUCAUUUUAGGCCGGAGCCCGCCGUCUCUAGUCCGUUGCAUUGUCAGACCCCGGCCCGGCUGCUGAAUGAUGCCCAUAAAUCGCGUCCAGUUUGGGUCGAGGGCCGGACUUGGCCCCCCACCCUGACCCUUAUUGCCAGAGGCGAUAUCUUGUUGUGCGUGCUUGCGUGCGUUUGUGACAUAUUUUAUACCCAAAUACAUAUCGGAGUGAAUCUGAGCCCUGACGCCCACGCAGGUUUCUGCCAGAGAACUAACAUUUAUAUGAUGACAACCACAAUCCAGAGCUAUUAAAACUAUUUGUCCAACAUUUUUGCCGGUCCAAACCCGAACCUCGUGAUAUGAUAUUGAGUUUUUCAGUGUUUUCUUGCAGAAA